AUGCUAUCCAAGAAGGAGAAAGAGCUACUUAAAGGCGCAUGGGAGCGACUGAGCCCUGUGGCUAGAUACAUCGGAGCGGAUGCACUUCUUCGAAUGUUUACAACCGUCCCCGGCAGCAAAACAUACUUUUCCCACUUAGACAUCAGUCCGGGCUCCGAUCACCUCUUCACCCACGGGAAGAAGAUCGUUCUGGCCAUUGCCGAGGGGGCCCAAAACAUCGGCCAGCUGACGGAAACUCUGGCACCUCUGCAGACAUUGCACGCCUAUCUGCUGCGGAUAGACCCGUCAAAUUUUAAGCAUUUCUCCCACUGUAUGCUCAUCGCCUUGGCUGUUCACAUGGGUGAAGACUUCACAGAAGUUUUACAUGCAGCAAUGGACAAGUACCUCUCAGCUUUUGCAGCGGUGCUAGCUGAGAAAUACCGAUGA